UGUGUGUGUCUCUCUCUAUGGAUGUGUUUUUCUGUUUCUAUCCAUUUGUCUCUCAUUCACUUUCACAUCAUCAGUUUGAGGCCACAGCUCAAGAAAAAGAAAAGAACAUUUAUUUUGGAGUCAGUGGAUCUGGAGUCAAAUCCUGGCUCCCUAAUUCACAACUCGUGUCCCCUUCAACAAGUGAUUCCCAUUUUUUGAGUCUGUUUCCUCCUUAGUAAGCCCUAAGUCUUUUGAUCAGAACUAUCAGGAAUAUUCUAAGGCUAUGCCCUCAAGUCCUCUGGCUUCCUGCAUCCACAGGUGAGGCGUACAUCUAUCUCACCGCCUGCAGAAUUCAGCACAAUGAAACUCCUCGCAGUCUGCUUCCCGUACCUGCUGCUCACCUGCCUCGUCUUACCCAAGGCUGAAUGCCGACUUCAUGAAGGCUCAGUGGAGAUCAGGAAUCCCGACAUUGACCCUUCCUGGUACACGGGCCGAGGAAUCAGACCCGUGGGACGCUUUGGCCGAAGGAGGGCCACCUUGGAGGACUAUCUGAGGACUGCCUCUGGACGACAUCCAACUUGCUUUCCCGUGGAGGAGAGUAAUGAGUCUGCCCAAGAUGAGUAAGAUGCGUUUGUUGGAAAUAAACCCAAACGCCUUCUCUCCCCGGCCCUUCUCUCCCACUCCCUAGUUUCAUUCUCGGCAAAUAAAAGUAUUCGAUCUUA